UGCAUAAAAGAUAGAGGCGGAAAGAAAAUAGGACAGAAUGUGUAAAUGGGAGAGAAAGAGAGAGAGAGAGCUGCAGCAUAAGUAGAGGAUGCCUACCUAUCUAUUUGGUGACUGAAAAGUGAAACAGGUUUACGAAGUAUAAGCAGUAAUGUAAACUGUUUUCUUAUUCCCGAGUCAGGACACAUCCGAGAUUUCACUCACCCUUCUUCUACACUAGCAACUCUGUAAUGUCGAGUGACACAGUUCGCUAAGACUUUCUCCACGAGAAAAAGUUGUGAUUCCCCAGUCUAAACUUGAAACGUAAACAAUAUAAUACCAGCAUCAUCAUUAGGAGUAGCGGAAGCAACAUUAUUGCAGUACGGAUAAGACUAAGGAGGUCACGCAAAGUCCAGUUUACCCAAAAAACCGCACACGCAACUUGCAGAAUAUUUCAUCUACUUGCUACCUACCUUGCAUAUGUACGAACUUAUAGUUAGUUUUCUGCUGAAAGACAGAGGAGAAAGGAGAAAGUCCGUGGAGAAUUGACCAUAUCCGACUACAAAGGGGAACUCUCUCGCAAUUAUUCGCUCCCAGUUUCCAUCAUGUACUGUUGUACCAUCUGGAAUAAAAGUCAAACCUAAACUCAUUUCUUCGCCCACGAACCAAACCAGCCAGAGCUACGACGAAGGAAGGAAAAGUAACUGCAUAUCAAAUGAAACAUUGGUGAUUCUUCCUUAUCUGAGUAAAACUAGCCGUAAAAUAACUCUUCCCACUGAUAAGAUCCUACCCAGACAGAGACAGAGGAACCACUGUAGUAGUUGUUGCAGCCCCACUGAUUUGUCUUUAUUACCACCGUCAACUGCGACCAAAGGGAAAGUGUGAAUAAAGGCAGACGAGAGAAACCGAGAGACUCAUUUGCACUCGUAAACCGAUUUCAGAAGAACGUCUCACUCAAUUACUUUGACAUUAUUGGAGAAAGGAGGAGGAGGGUGGGACAGGUGAAGGGAAUAAAUCAGCCCUUUUUCUCAUCCUAAAAGUGAAGAAGAAAUCAUGGACACGAGGGAUUACGACGGCAAUAAACAACACCAACAACAGGGUGCUGUUGUCACAAAGAUGCAAAACACAGAUUUGUCCGUAUGGCUCAGAAGUUGCAUGAAAGAGGCGAAGGAACCAGUGGAAGGUGUUGUAGCAUCGGGAAAAAUACCAAUUUGGGUUUGUGGCUCCCUGAUCCAAAACGGCCCAGGUGGAGUUGAUAUUUAUGGAGAACAUUCAUGCAAACAUUUAUAUGAUGGGCCGGGACUUCUUCAAAAGUUUUUCGUGAACAAUGGCACGGCCACCUACACCUCCAAGUUCAUUGAAUCUCAUGCUUUCACUCAAAAUAUUGCUGCCCAGAAGCUCGUCCUCAGUGAGUUUGGGACAGUUGCGAGUCCAGACCCCUGCCAGACUAUUUUUGCCAGAAUAGCAGCUGUGUUCUUGGGACCUGUGGAAUUAACUACGUCAGAUAACGCGAAUAUAAGCAUCCACCCCUUUGGAAAUGAUAUCUACGCACUUAGCGAGUUUCCCUUUGCCCACAAGAUUGAUGUCAACAACUUGGAAACUACAAAAACGAUAAAUGUCCACGAACAAAUCGGAGUCAUAAAUCAUUCCCCCCAUCCUCAAAUCUGGGGCAGGAAAAUGUACAACAUCGGGCAAAAGCUGAGUCUCUGGCACGGUCCUCACUACGUAAUUGUCGAACUUGACACUGGACGAGGAGCUGGAGGGAAUAAAUUAAACAAAAAUCGACGUCCAUCCGGAUCCCCGCAACAUACCAUUUACCGAUCUCGAUCUCCCUCCGUGGUCACCAAUACAAAUACCAGUGCAGCUUCUUCGGUAGCAUCUUCCACCACAAAUCUCACCAAUUUAGCAACUCCCCCUCAGGACAACGACGUUCCUGAUUUUGACAAACCAUCAUCUACACCGUCAAAGCAUCCUCGGCCAAAAUCAAACCCGUGGGCUCAUGCGAAAAUUGUGGCUUCAAUCCCAUCUCGCUGGCCUUUGAGCCUCUGUUACAUGCACUCUUUUUCAAUUACGAACAACUAUUUUGUCCUGAUCGAACAACCCCUCGCCCUAUUUUUACCCACGGUCCCCUUGACCCAGAUAGCAGGGAGUAAGCCGCUGGCAUCCUGUUUGAAAUUUUACAAAGAGGAAGACACCCUCUUCCAUGUGAUUAGUCGGCAUGGUAGAGGGAACAAAUUGAAAAAGAGCUUCAGAUCAAACAGCUUCUUUUAUCAGCAUACCAUAAAUGCGUUCGAGACGAGGGACAGUGAAAGCAGGGAAACAUUUUUGGUCGUGGAUGUCUGCAUGUAUAGCGAUCCUUCAUUGAUCGACUGCAUGUAUGUGGAUACCCUCAAGCACGCCCCAUGUAAUCCAGAUUAUGCGAAAAUGUUCCGAGGUCGAGCGAAACGCUUCCUCUUAAAACUUGGUCUAGACUAUGAUAAACAUCACAAGAGGAAAACUGCUUCUGCUUCGGGUGGCCUGCUUGAAGUCGAAUCGGAGGUAAUUGUCGACAUUGGAUGCGAAAUGCCGAGGAUAAAUGAAAAUUUCAAUGGGAAACCCUACAACUUUUUCUAUGCAGUUUCUUCAGAUAAGGAUGGAGAUAAUCCUGGAACGCUGAUUAAAGUGGAUGUGCUCAGGAAAACGUAUGACACGUGGUGUGAGCCUAAUUCUUAUCCUAGCGAGCCAAUUUUCGUGCAAAGGCCUAAUUCUCAGAGAGAAGACGACGGCGUUGUGCUAUCUACCGCAGUUUAUGGAGGAGAAAGUGUGACCGGUCCUAAUAAGACCAGUCUACUCAUUCUAAACGCGACCACAUGGGACCUGAUUGCCAAAAUUGAUUUUAGCGUGGAAACGGCAAUACCAAAAUGUUUGCAUGGAUGGUAUUUUCCCUGCAACGAUAAUGAUAAGGAUACCCCCACCACUAACAGCAGCAGUAAAGGGGGUGGAGGCGGAGGAACCAAGCAUUUCCACUGACCUGAUUAUGAAUAUAAUUAUAAUUUAAUAUUUAUGGUGCUAAAUAUUUUCUGAGAAGCAUUAUUCUGUCUUCAUCUUCACAAAUCGACAAUCUGUACCCUUAUUACCCAAGAAAUUCUCAGCUUUUCUAUCUAUAGGUAUACAACCUUGAUAAUUUAUAUCUCUGCAAAAUCUAACGCGCUUGUACAUGUGCCAAAAAAGAUGUAUCCAUUUCAAUCUGACUUUAUAAUCCAAUCAAAAGUAUCCGACUGACCAUGAAUGAAACUUUAUUCUCUUAAUGCUCUUAUUACUCAUUAUAUUUACUCUAUCUAACCAACCUUACUUAAUUCUCAUGAAGCACUACACAAACUCACUCAAUUUUAAGACUCUUCUUAAUAACGCUUGUGUUCUACUUAUUUUGUAAUUUAAGACAAAUAAAAACUGAAACUUA